GUAUACUAUUCGCGAUGGCUGCAUCAAGUACCAACAACUUCAUCGAUCUAUUAGAGAAAUUCUUGAAGAUCCUUAAAGAGGAGAAUGCGUUCAAUCAAUUUGGAAAUCAACCUGUGAUACAAUUCCGUCAUCCUCAAUAUUUACAGAAAAUCAUGUCAAUAUCUUUGGACGACGAGCCAGCGAGUAACUCCGAAUUAGAAACAGUGAUACGACAGACUAUACAGUUCUCCGCGAAAACGUCUAAUCCGCAUUUUCAUAAUCAACUCUACGCUGGAAUUGACGAAUAUGGAUUAAUUGGUUCCUGGUUAACGGACGUGUUGAACACCAGCCAGUAUACCUACGAAGUCGCGCCCAUAUUUACUCUCAUGGAACGAGAAGUGAUACAGAAAUCACUGGAAUUGGUUGGCUAUCCGUUGAUGCCAGAAGCCGAUGGUAUAAUGUGUCCAGGUGGUAGCAUAUCGAAUAUGUAUGGAAUGUUAUUGGCCAGGCACAAGAUAUUACCGAGUGCCAAAAAUUCGGGGCUCUUUUCGUUGGAAUUACCUCUAGCGUGUUUCACUAGCGAAGACAGUCAUUAUUCAAUUCUGAAAGGUGCUAAUUGGUUGGGUCUUGGUAUCGACCAGGUUUAUAAGGUGAAAACGGACGAGUUUGGUCGUAUGAAAGUGGCUGACCUAAAGAGACUUCUAAUAAAGGCGAGAAACGAUGGAAAACAACCGUUCUUUGUAAAUGCCACUGCCGGAACCACUGUGCUCGGUGCCAUCGAUCCAUUACCGGAAAUCGCCGCAGUAUGCCGGAGCGAGUCACUCUGGCUGCACGUAGACGCAUGUCUCGGUGGAACCCUACUGUUCUCAGAGAAAUAUCGAUACAGAUUACGGGGCAUCGAACUAUCGGAUUCGGUAUCCUGGAAUCUGCACAAGAUGCUCGGAGCGCCGUUGCAGUGUUCUUUAUUCCUGGUCAAAGGUAAAAAUACGCUAUAUGAGGCAAAUUGUGCCCAAGCCAAGUAUCUUUUCCAGCAGGAUAAAUUUUACGACGUUAGUUGGGACACAGGCGACAAAAGCGUGCAAUGCGGCAGGAAGGUUGACGCAAUGAAAUUUUGGUUAAUGUGGAAAGCUCACGGUAAGAUUGGUCUUACGCAAUCGGUGGAACAAGCGAUGUCCUGUGCGGAAUAUUUUCUGCAGCGAAUUAAGGAAACUGCCGGUUUCCGACUGGUGCAAUCUCAUUAUCAGUGUUGCAACAUUUGUUUUUGGUAUAUACCACCAACAAUGCGCGAUGAGAAUGAAACUUCACAUUGGUGGGAAAAACUGUACUUUAUCACAAGCGAAAUAAAGAAAAAUUUGAUUCUGGAGGGAUCUCUUAUGAUAAGUUAUAUGCCAUUACCACACAAGGAGAUUGGCAAUUUUUUUCGCAUGGUCGUAAGCUGUCAACCACCACCCACAAAAUCGUCCAUGGAUUAUGUUAUUAAUGAGAUACAAAAAGCUGCGAUUAAUUUGUAGGAAAAUGCCUCUCUGUCCAAGUUCUUUUAUAAUAUUAAAAAUAUUUGUUGUUAUCUUAUAUGGAGAAAUUAGUAUUUUAAGUACUUAUACGGAGUUGUAAAAAAAGAAUCUUGUCGUUAUUACAAAUGCGCGAAAUAAAUGCAGCGGAUACAGUAGUUAUUAUGUAACGCGUAAAUGUAACUUUGAUAAUCAUAAUUUACUUGACGCUCGGCAACAUCAAAUUAUUCGUUGUUAUGUCGUUAGCUCACAUAUAGGGUUACUAUUUUUGAGAGUACAUAUAUUUAUGUACUCUUUUAAGUGA